UCUCUCUCUCUCUCUCUCUCUCUCUCUCUCUAGUGAAUCGAACGGAAAAAAAAAGAUGGCCAAAAAGGAGAAUCAUUCAGCUUAUAUUAACAAUACAUUUACUCAAUUAAACCAUCGUCAUGAUAACUCGACCCUUAAAUCUUACAACAUGCAUCCUCGUCAGGAUUUCCAGCAGCAUCCUAAAAAUACAGGCCUUUCCAUGACGGAAACAAACGAUGAUAAAUGGCAUUAUAAUGGUGGCAAUAGAGAAGAUUUUUACAGUAAUGCAUCCUCUACCUCAGGGGAUCAAGCACAUAGUAUUCGUUAUUCAGCAGAAGAAAAGGCACUAGUGCGCAAAAUUGAUUUUAUGAUUAUGCCCAUGAUUUGUGUCCUUGAUUUUUUGCAAUUUCUAGAUAAAUCCACCAUCAGUUAUGCAGCUUUAAUGUCAUUCAAGACAGAUCUUAAUUUACAAGGAAAUCAAUUCAGUCUCUUGGGUUCUGUAUUUUAUUUAGGUUACCUACUAUUUCAGUUACCCAAUAAUUAUUUAUUGCAACGAUUUCCUCUGGGUAAAUACAUUGGCAUACUGGUUUUCCUAUGGGGCACCGUACUUCUCUGCACGGCCUUUGGUACCAACUUUUCACAGAUAGCCGCCAUGCGUUUUUUGUUGGGUUUCUUUGAAGCAGGCAUUUACCCUUCCAUCAGUUUACUCGUCAGUACAUUUUAUAGACGAUCGGAGCAGGUGGCUCGACUAGGUGCUUUCUGGUUAUGUAAUGGUUUAGCCUUGUGUAUAGGUGGUUUUGUUUCUUAUGGUGUUGGCCACAUGGUGAAUGUAGGAGGGCUCAAAUCCUGGCAAUGGAUUAUGAUUAUCCUCGGAAGUAUUACGAUCGUCAUGGGAGUCAUUACUUUCUUCUUUUUGAUUGAUUCACCCAAAGCCAGUGCAUUAAAAUUAAAUGCUGAACAAGAAAUCCUAGUGGAAGAAAGAACCAUUGAUAAUGCAACCGUUCGUACAACAAAGAUUAAAUUAGAUCAAAUAUGGGAGGCUGUGAAGGAGGUCCGUUUUUGGUGCUUUAGUAUUGCUUGUUUAUUGAUCAAUUUACAAAAUGGUGCCAUGACAAUUUAUAACGGACAGAUUACAGCCAGUUUCGGCUUCGAUCAAUUGCAAUCCAUGCUUUUGACAGCAGGUGCUGGUGGCUCUGACGUCUUGUUUAUCGCGAUUGGUGUUUACGCCGUUCGUAAAACUCGUCAAACUAUUUAUUCAGCCUGCAUUCUCAUGAGCGUCAACAUCAUUGGCAUGAUUUUAUUACUGGUGAUCCCUGUCACACGUCUCAAACUUCUCGGCUUCUAUCUCGCUUGGUCGUAUUGUAGUGUCUAUGUACUGCUUGUCGCCUCCAUUUCCAACAAUGUUUCUGGCUAUACAAAAAAGAUCUUCUACAACGGUGUGCUCAUGAUUUUCUAUACCGUAGGUAAUUUUGUAGGCCCUCUCAUGAUGGUAGAACCUCCGUACGUCGCGGGUAUGCUGGGUUACUUGGUAGCCAAUUGCGUAGUCAUUGUUUUAUUGCUCGUGGCACGAUGGAGAAUGGCUGUUGUGAAUCGCCGUCGUUUAUUGUUAUUGGCUCAUACUUCUUCAGCAAGUGUAGCCGCCAUGAAUAGCUGUUAUGGACAAGAUGAUAUCAGUGAUGAGCAAGAUCAAAAUUUCAUCUAUCUGCUGUAGACCUU